AUGGCUGAGCUGUUGCAAAGUCAAAUGCUUAUUCGGCACGAUAAAAUCGUGAUCGACGCCUUACGCAAUCGCAUCGAGACACCCAAGCCGCUUGCGUGUGACGUCGAAUCUAUCGAGCGCCAGUGCGCUGCCGGGCGUGACUGUUUGUUUGUCUCCUCACGCAUAGAUCAAGCGCGACCUCAUGAGUUGCCCCGCGCACGCUAUGACAUGGUGAUUGUCACGGGACGCACCUUCGCAAAGACACCAUUGCAGAAGAUCAUGGCGUCGCUGGCUGGUUCACACCACGGCAACGACGCGCUUGAGAAACUGUAUGGCGAACACGCGAUUGGUCAAGUGUCGAAACUCCCCGGUAGCAAUCUUCGCGUCAAGGUGAUGACCAAGAAAGCUUGCUUACAGCUUGAACGUACGAAAGUGAAUAUCAUGGGCGGCGUGUUCAUGUUCAACGAGCUUGACAUCCUCACGGGCAAGUACUUCUUGGACACCUCGAACGUCGACUCAGACACGAAAACGGACACGAUCCUGCAUCGGCUCUUCAUCAUCGGGUACAAGCCGAUCUAUGACACAUCUCGCGAAGCUAACAUGAAUACUGGCAUGACCUCGGCGACGUGGCGAGUGUACAUCCGCUCCAAUACGUGUCCUCCGCCACUUGUAGUGAACGGCUCAGUCUGUGACCAAAUACGGUUUGACAACAAACUACACCCAGCUGACGGAAAGAACGCGCCGUAA